GUGAAGAUCACGAACGUGCAACUUGGACAAGAGGAAGUGGAAUCGUUCACCAUCCAAACCUUUAGUGAACAUAUCAACUACUUGCAAAUGAGAACUGAUCUUCAUAGGAGUAAUCUCACCGGAUUGAACACGUUCCCGAACAUAAUAGCAGUCCAUCUCGACAUGCUUGGUGCGCUCAUGAAACACCGGAUUAGCAGUAAUAUGGAGAGCAACUUGAUUGUCACAAUGAAGAGGAGUAGGGCCACGAGAAUGGACACCAAGUUCCUACAGAAGCCAGCGCAACCAAAGCACCUCACUAAUCGUGCUUGCCAUGGCACGAUACUCGGCCUCGACGGUAGAGCGUGCCACCACCUGCUGCUUCGUAGUCUGUCAAGAGAUGGGUACACCACCGAGAGUAAUAACAUAGCCGGUGGUGGACCGCCGAGUGGAUUGACAACCACCCCAAUUGGCAUCACAAUUAGCAACAAGAUCAAGAGAACUCAUAGCAUGAAAAAACAGUCCCUGACCGGGAGCAACCUUGAGAUAUCGGAGAAUCCUGUUACCGACGUCCAUAUGAGCCUGUGUGGGAGCUUGAACAAACUGACUGAGAAUAUGAACAACAUACGUGAUGUCAGGCCGAGUAAUGGUCAGAUAGAGAAGACGACCAACCAACCGGCGAUAUGUUGCAGGAUUAGGAUGAUCUGCGGGGGCAGGCUGAGUAUGAUGGUGGUUCUGCUCAACUGGGAAUGCACUCAGACGACUAUCCAUGACCCCAGAAUCAUGGAGAAUAUCCAGUGUAUACUUUCAUAGACUGAGAACCAUGCCCUCGGGAGAACGGGCAACCUCAAUGCCCAAGAAAUAACGCAAAUCACCUAAAUCCUUGUUGUGAACCACGAGUGAAGAAACUUCUUAACAUGGGAGAUAAAAUCAAGAUCAUUCCCUGCAAGUACGACGUCAUCAACGUAAAUAAGGGCAACCACAUGGGUACUCCCCCGGCGAAAAACAAACAUAGAGUGAUCUGCGGGUGAAGGACGAAACUGCAAUUCGCAUAGGGCAGCUGUGAACUUUUGAUACCAGUUUCGUGAAGCAUGUUUAAGACCAUAGAUAGACUUAUGAAGGCAACAAACCCGAGUAUCCCCAGGAGCAGUAAAGCCUUUUGGAAUUC